AUGGCGCUUCCUCAACGACUGCACGUCGCGCCGACCGGCACCCGCUCUACCGCAACAUUCGAUAAGCUCUUCGGCGCUCGAGGCGAAAUGGAACAGGUGGGAAACUUCGUCUACUGGAAUGUUGAAGACUUGUUGCCGAUCGACACAGAUCAGAUCGCCGCAGAGACGAGGAACCUCACCCAACUCUUGAACAACGCCCGCCAGAACUCACUCAAUCAAGUCACCAAUCUUGUCGAGAGAUCCAAGGAGCUGGCAAUCCCCCUCGAUCUGGAUGGUCCUACCAUCGUGACGGAGAUACAGGAGCAGUUGUCAAAGCUCUCCACUAAUUUCAGCGAGGCCAUGCUCAACUACUUCAAGGAGAAGAUUGACAACCUUGAAGAAGAGCUCCGCAAGCCUCGAGUCGAUCCAGAAGUCGUGACCAAGUUGAAGCAAGACUUGACUGCUGAACAGGAGCUCAUGAAGACAGCCAGCAAGAACCAUGGGCUGGAUGUUCAAGAGAAGGAUGGCAAGAUCGGGAGUCUCGAGGACGAGCUGAAGAGACUCAACCAGGAGCUUGCUCAAGGCAAGAGUGCUGCGAUGAACGCCGAGGAUGAUGCGCGGCAGGCCAAACAUGAUGCCGAGGAGGAGUAUUUCGCCAAAUGGGAUCAGAAGACCAAGGAGCUCAACCAGAUAGCGCAAGACUGGCAGCAGAACGCUACCAGCCGGAGUGAGACCACCAAGCUGCAGUUCAAAGACCUUCUGAACGAGCUCAAGGUCAAGGCGGACUUCACGGAGCAGGAACUUCGGAACAAAGUCGAGGAAGGGGAGAAUGCAUUGGCGGCGGCGCAGUCUCGCAUUUCAGAUCUGGAGCCCAAGAAGAGCGCGCUCGAAAAGGAGGUGUCUCAGAAAGCAUCCGAGAUUGCCAAGCUCAAGAAAUCCGAGAACGACGUCCAGGAGCGGUUGGAGACUUCGGCCGCCAACUUCAGAGUGAUGAAGGAGGCGUACGAGGACACCAAGAAGAAUUACCAGGCUUGUGCGUUCCAGGUCCACGAGCUUGAGACGAGGAUCAUGCCGGAAGCCAUCAAGAGUGCCAUCGACAAGACCACAGACCAAGCCAAGCAAGUCCAGCGUUCCAUCCAGCGGGAGCUCGAAGCGGAGAAGGUCAAGGGAGAGGAGAGGAAGCGUGCGAUCAAGGACUUGAAGCAGCAGCUUGCGGAUAAAGACACGACGAUGAAAGAAGUGCAGAACGACAUGAACAAGCUGCAACGUGAUCUCGACCAGGCAGAGGCAUUGAAAUCUCAGUGGGGCAUCGAGGCAAAUCAGUUGGACGAACAGGUGGCUAGAAUGCUCAAAGAGACAAACAAGCUUCGCGAGGGUGAACAGCAGUGGCGCUUCAUCUUCAACGAUGAAUAUGUCCAAGGCAAGCAAAAGGGUCGCGAAAUCGAGACGCUCAAGCAAGAUGUCGCCUCGUGGAACAACAGAGCCGAGGCCCUGCAGAUGGAGGUUGAGGAGGAAGAGCGCGUGCAGUGGUUUGAGAGAGAACUCGAAAAAGCCGAUGCCUUGGACAUUCAGGCGCAGAUUGACAUUCAGCGAUUGAAUGGUGAAGUCAAGGCGGCUGGUGAGGAGAAGGAUCGUCUGUUGGGGGAGCAUAGCAUCUUGCAGGGGGAGUAUGAUAAGUUGGUCGAACAGAAGGAGUCGCUUAAGGGGGAGAUGGAAGUUGUUGUGGGGGAGAAGGAGGCGCUUAAGGGGGAGAAAGAGAAGCUUGAGGGGGAGAAGGAGACGCUUGAGGGAGAUUUGCAGACUCUUCAAGGACAGAAGAGCUCGUUGGAGGACGAGAAGGGGUCGCUUAAGGGGGAGAUGGAGGUUGUAGUCGGAGAGAAGGAGGCGCUAGAGGGAGAACUGCAGGCUCUGCAGGGUCAGAAGAGCUCGCUCGAAGAUGAGCGAGGCAAGCUGCAGACGGCCUUGCAUGAGUCGAUGCAAGACUAUGCCACUGUGGACGAGAGCUUCAACACGUUGAUGGAUCGUGUUGAGAGCAUGGACCUUGGCAAUUUGGUGGGAUGA